AUGGCGGCGAAGGCGGAGGAACGGAUGGUGCCGCUGGCGUGGCUGCUGAAGAGGGAGCUGACGAGCGAGAAGAUCGAGAGGCCGGACAUACUGCACGGCCAGGCGAACCAGAGCAAGGGGGAAGACUUCACCCUCCUCAAGACCGAGUGCGAGCGCGUGCCCGCGAGGCCUCUCCACUUCUCCGUCUUCGCGCUAUUUGAUGGGCAUAAUGGAACAGGAGCUGCAUUAUAUGCGAAGGACAAUCUCCUGAACAAUAUUGUGAGUGCCAUUCCUUCAGAUCUUAACCGGGAUGAAUGGCUAGCUGCACUUCCACGAGCUUUGGUUGCAGGAUUUGUCAAAACAGAUAAAGAUUUCCAAACAAAAGCUCACACUUCAGGGACAACCGUGACGUUCGUCAUAAUAGACGGAUGGGUUGUAACUGUUGCAUCGGUUGGUGAUUCACGUUGUAUACUUGAAUCAGCUGAAGGUUCAGUUUACUAUUUGUCAGCUGAUCAUCGGCUAGAGGCUAAUGAAGAGGAGGUGGAACGUAUAAUAGCAAGUGGAGGUGAGGUUGGAAGAUUAAAUGUUGUUGGCGGUGCUGAGAUUGGUCCGCUGCGAUGUUGGCCAGGUGGCUUGUGCCUAUCACGAUCAAUUGGAGAUUUGGAUGUUGGUGAAUUUAUUGUUCCAGUUCCGCAUGUGAAGCAAGUAAAGCUAUCAAACGCUGGAGGUCGGCUUAUCAUAUCAAGCGAUGGCGUGUGGGAUGCUUUGUCCAGUGAAAUGGCUCUUAGCUGCUGCCGUGGGUUGCCAGCAGAUGUCGCAGCGAGUCAUAUUGUCAACGAAGCUGUGCAGGAAAAAGGGCUGAGGGAUGAUACCACUUGUAUAGUAGUUGACAUAUUACCUCCGGAGAAAAUAACUCCAACUGUUCCACCUCCAAAGAAGCAAGGGAUGGGGGUGUUCAAAAAUAUGUUUAGGAGAAAAUCGUCCGAGUCAUCAUCUAAUGUAGAUAGGGAAUAUUCUGAGCCCGAUGUGGUGGAGGAAAUAUUUGAGGAUGGAUCUGCAAUGCUUUCCCAACGGCUAGAAGCAGAAUAUCCAAUUAGGAACAUGUUCAAGCUUUUCAUAUGUGCGAUUUGCCAAAUUGAGAUGAAACCUGGCGAGGGCAUUUCUGUGCAUGCCGAUUCAUCACGGCCUGGCAAAUUGCGACCCUGGGACGGUCCAUUCCUUUGCCUAAGUUGCCAGGAAAAGAAGGAAGCAAUGGAGGGCAAAAAGCGAUCAAGAGAUUCCGCAUCUAGUAAGAGUGCUUCAAGUGACUAGUUAUUGUCAUAGUUCCUGUAGACAUUCAUAGCUGACAAAAAAAGGAUAUUUUUCGAGGGUCUCCAUUCGAUUCUCCUUUUCUGGGAUGCCAAUUAUAUUUUGGUCUAACUUUAGCUUAUGCUAGAAGCGUAUGGAGGCGUCAUUUAUACAUGUAUUUAUGCCCGGCCGAUAGAAGAGCUAGUCCCCUGUGCUUUCUAUUGAUGCUACGUUAGUUGAUCAAAGUGAUUCUACGAGGCAUUAACAGGUACGAAUUGAUCGCCUUAUUAUAUAAAGAAAGGCCCUGGGAUAGCUAAGGCACUUCCCUAGGAUCGUUGCCAUGUAUAUGAAUCAUCUUGUAGAGGUAAGCCGGAUAGGGUUAGGCGAGGUUAUUUCGAUUUUCUGGGUUAAACCCAAGGAUGGAUUCGGAGCCAACUGGCCAAUUGAUUUCAUGUUAUACACAAUACUUCUGGAUUAACAUUGUCGUUGUAUUUGCUGAGAUUCUUUUGGCAUUGUACUGCGUCCAGUGACUGUGAGAAUGCCCUCUUGUCUAUGAACAAAACACGGAGCAGAGCCUUUUAUAUAUAAA